AUGUGCGCAGGACCAUGAAGCAAGGGUGUCCCGCGACCGUUGUCAUCGCAGCACGUCGGACCAGCCAGCAGUUAGAGAUAACAAAGAUUGAUUGCAACCACAAUCACGAAGUGAACAAGGAAAUUUUCCAGUUGUAUCCGGAAAACCGCUGGCUUACGCACGAUGAAAAGGAAUAUGUCCUUCCUUUGCUUGACCUCGAUGUGUUGCCCAACGUCAUAGCUGGGAAGCUAGCAGAAAAGACGGGAAAGCUGGUAACAACGCAGGAUCUGCACAAUGUUAAGCGAAAUCGUCACGGCCGAGACGAAGCUGAACAACUUGUUCAGGAGAUAGAGAAGUGUCGUCAGCAGCAUCGGGCAAAGAUAUAUCCAAUCACAGAUGAAAAUGAGGAACUGCAAAUUUUAUUUAUUCAAACGCCACACAUGCAGCAAGCAUAUAAGUCCUUCCCAGAGGUGGUGUUGCUUGAUGCAACAUAUAGGACAAACAAGUUGAAGAUGCCACUUUUUGUAUUUGUCGUGCAAGAUGGGUGUGGAGAAAGCCAAGUAAUUGCUUAUGCUUUUGUUGCUUCUGAGCAAUGUCACCACGUCACUGAAAUGCUCAACCUCUUCGUGAAGGAAAACCCUUGUUCUGAAAAUACUGGUGUCAUAGUUGUGGACAAGGACUUCAGUGAAAUUAGCGCAAUUCGUAGCGCUUUCCCAUCUGCUCCAUCAAUACAGUUGUGCCAGUUUCAUGUGAUUAAAGCGUUCAGAACAGCAGCUAGCCACUUAGCACGUUCCAAUGAAGAACGUGAUAAAAUGGUGACAACAUUCAAUGAAAUGCUGCACGCCCCUAAUUCAAGCAAAUUUGAAGAUGCGCAGUCGGAGUUCGCAAGGUUCGCAAGCAAAUAAUCAAUAGAAUACCUCGAGAAGAAUUGGCUAUCAAUUAAGAACAUGUGGGUUCGCCACAUCUGCGACCAAGAGUUCACGUGUGGAGCCAACACGACUAACAGAGUUGAAGCGCACAAUGGUUUUAUAAAAACGUCAUUGUCAUCAUCAACAAAGCUUCAUGAUGCUGUAAGGAAACUGCUAGAUUUAUCAAGCAGCAUUGAAAGAAAGUCGGCCCACUCAGCAACACUA